AUGGCCUUUCCCCUCCCGCGGGGCAUCACGCCCCCGGAGAUCUCCUUCCUCGCGGAGAUGGAGAUGGUCACCAUCUUGCCUCGUCAGCGACUCGAGGGGCUUGAAUUACUGGGAGGCCCCGUCUCCCCCCUCCUCCCACCCCGACGCACCUCCCUCCCCCUCUGGCUUGCCCUCCUCCUCAAACGCCAACGCCGUGCCAACAUCCUCCCCCCGCCCUGGCUCCACCCCGAAUCUCUGGAGCUCAUCCUCGAAAUCGAGACCCAAAACGACGAAUACCAGCACGCCUUCUCUCCGCCACCUCCACUGCCCGGCCAGCCCGCCCCGGGAGAUCACCGUCGCGCUCCGCUCGCAACCCCGCGCUACACUCCCUCCGGCGAGAAAUACUACCCUGCGCCGCCGUUCCUGCCUCAGAAUACAGCACGCGAUCACAUCCCGCCGGGCGAGCCACCGGCACUACCGUUCCAUUGGUUGGAGGUAGGGACGAUGUUGCUGGAGGCGGCGAGCGAUGAUCUUGUGGAUCCGGAUCAGACGAGACGGCUGUUGAAGGAGCUGAGGGAAGUGAGGAUGGCGAAGGUUAGGGCGGGUGUGGAUGUCCUAGAUGCGGCGGCUAUGGGGGGUGGGGGUGUUGCGUUGACGGGUGUGGGAGCUAUGGAGUUGGGAGAGGGGAGGAGGUUCAUUGCGGGGGUGGUGGAUGGACUGAGGCGCAUCGGGGCGUCCAAGGAACAGGCGAGGAGAGAAGAGAUGGCAGAGGAAAUGGCGAAUGGGGGGUAUGAUGGGACACAAGACGAUGAUGAUGAAAUGGAGUUUUAG